AUGUGCAGAGACUACGCAGCUGCAUUGUCCAGAAUCAGCUCUCAUGAUGCCUUGGUUCAGAUCAACCGAGCUUCAUCCGCUGGAAGUCCCAUGCCGAUACUGGAAAGAUACGCUGGUUGUUGUGCACCCCACGGAGCACGCAACAUGACGAGUUUGUCCCAAAUUGUCCAAACGAUUAAGCUGAAGGAUGUGUUGACGGGGCUUGGUUUAGGCGUCUUCUCAGGACACUUGUCGCCAUAG